GCCCGCGGUGAGGGCAGGUGUCCGGCUGCGUCGACCAUUUGGGUUUGGGAGUUUGCGUCCUCACCCCGCCGAGGCCGUAGGGCCGGUCAGUGCAGGCAGCGGGACGCACCAUGGUCCAUCUGACUACCGUCCUCUGCAAGGCCUACCAUGGGGGCCACUUAACCAUCCGCCUUGCUCUGGGUGGCUGCGCCAACCGGCCCUUCUACCGCAUUGUGGCUGCUCACAACAAGUGUCCCAGGGAUGGCCGUUUCGUAGAGCAGUUGGGUUCCUAUGAUCCACUGCCCAACACCCAUGGAGAAAAACUCGUUGCCCUUAACCUGGACAGGAUCCGGUAUUGGAUUGGCUGUGGGGCCCACCUCUCUAAGCCUAUGGAAAAGCUUCUGGGUCUUUCUGGCUUUUUCCCUUUGCAUCCUAUGAUUAUCACAAAUGCUGAGAGACUGCGAAGGAAACGGGCACGUGAAGUCCUCUUAGCUUCUCAGAAAACAAAUACAGAAACUUCGGCAACAGAAACAAGCUGACUGCAGUGAGCAUAGCCGUGGGAAUAAGAUCAAGGUCCUUUUAAAACACUUGUGCAGAGAUCUUAAAAUUUGUUCAAUUUGGAGGUCAAUAAAUGGAGUUCUUUGA